GUGAGGAGGGAAGACUGAGCGCAAAGCCGAAAGUACGAGCAGGACAGAAAGUGAAACUGGCGCAGCCCCCAGUAUAAGACCCCUGCCCGGGAGAUGGCUGGCCACACAGGCUGGGCCCCGUCAUGGGCCAGAUGGCAGACGACCUUGGCUGGCGGCUCAGCCUUUUGUUGCUCUCCUUGCUGCUGGCUCGUGCUGGUGUCUGGGGAUUCCCGAGACCGCCAGGGAGGUCCCCCCUGAGCCUGCAGGAGCUGCGGAGGGAGUUCAAGGUCAGCCUGCAUCUGGCCAGGAAGCUGUUCUUGGAGGUUCGGACCCAGGCCCACCGCUUUGCUGAAUCUCACCUCCCAGGAGUGAGCCUGGACCUCCUGCCCCUGGGGAAUCAGCUCCCCAAUGUCUCCCUGACCUUCCAGGCCUGGCACAGCCUCUCUGAUGCUGAACGCCUCUGCUUCCUCUCCAUGACCCUUCGCCCCUUCCAUGCCCUAUUGGAAAGCCUAGGAAGCCAAGGGGGCUGGACCAGCUCCGAGAAGAUGGAGCUAUGGACUGUGAGGUUGGACCUCCGGGAUUUGCAGCGGCAUCUCCACUUCCAGGUGCUGGCUGCCGGACUCAGCCUCCCCGAGGAGGAAGACAAUGGGAGGAAGGGGCUGCUCCCAGGUGCUCCGAGCGGUCCCUUGCAGAUGUCGGUGCAGCCGACCUGGCCCCAGCUUCUCUAUACCUACCAGCUGCUGCACUCCCUGGAGCUCGUCUUGGCUCGGGCCAUGAGGGACCUGACCCUGCUCUCCCAAGCCGGAACCCCAGCGCCAGCCUCGGGGUGCGCAUCAAGCGGCUCCCAGCCCUGACGGAGUGACUUCUCAGCCUCUUCCCUUUGCCCUUGGGUUCAGGGCAACGGGACAGCCUCCGAGCUCGUUUGCCUUCAACAAGGCAGGACUCCACCGGCCUCCCACCCAACCCCCACCCAAUAACUUAAGGCCCCUCCAGGCCCUGCCGGAUAUUUAUUUCUUGGAUAUUUAUUUAUUGUUUAGAAAAAUGAUGGUUUAUUUAUUGCUAGUUGUCCUCAGGCUAGUCUGCCACGCGGGCUGCCGAAUAAAGCACUCUCAUCCUCUCUCAGCCUCAGCUUCUUUUCACAGAAGGGGUACCUGACACCAAGGGAUGAGAGGGCCUGGCUAGAGUCUGUAGUCUCUGGCCACCCUUGGACCCCUCUCUGCUCCAAGCUUUCGGGGGCUCCUGGCCUACCU